UCCCGCCGGGAUAUCCAAAAGCCUUCCUGCUGUAGGUGGCCCUGUCUGAGCUGAGCAGGUCACACCGCCAGAGGGUCUCUGCCACCCUCGCCACUCUGAGUCUGUCCAGAGUUUUACUCACUGCUGGACUCCGGUGCUUUAGGUCUCACUGGAUAUUUGGGCUUUGUUAUGCGUGGGGCCGAGUGGUUACAGGGCUCCUUGGGCAUGCUGGAGCAGUCUCUGCUUGCCUUCCCCAGUUCACUGCAUACACACACCCUCUGUUCCAGUGACCGUGGCUGGACACGGCCUAGCUGAGAGGGUACCUGGCUGUGACAGAGCCCAGACACUCCUCUUUUUAGUCCAGGAGCAAUUCCUCCUGGCAGCCAGGACUGGUAGCAGCAAGGGAUGGAAGGAAAGCAGAAGAGAAGUUACAGGAAAACCAGCCCCUGAAAAUGUGUAUUUGAGCACUGGUGGCUGGAGGGUCUGAGUGACCUAGUGCUGUCCAUUCAUACUUGGCAAAUUUUUAUCUCAGUCUUCCGCUUGUAAUAAUAUAAUAUGGAUAUGACUCAGUGGGCAGCUCUGGAACACAUUAUCUGAAUGGUGUCUGAGAGGUUUUCUGUUGAUGCCUUGGUCUGCAUGCUUUGAACUUCCUGGGGCAGCUGCCUCCGUGCUGCUGAGACAUUCCCAAAGGAAUGAGUGGCUGAUUGUGGCCCCACACAGCCUGUCUGGGGUGGCUCGUGUAAAGCCACACAGGCUUUGUGACUUUCCUUUGGAAUCUCACUUCUGAUGGUGGCACCAAGGAACUGCUCCAGGAUAAGUUGUGUUUGAUUUUUAACUCCAUGCCCAGCCUGUGUCUCAGUUCUUGUGUGCAGCUGCAGCAUUCCUGGGGCUGGCAGCCAGCCCAGGGUGUAGGGGCUGAGUCAACUGCUGUUGUCAGUAUUGCUACCCUGGGCAUUCAGAUGCUGUGAGUCAGGUUAAAAAGCCAUGACUUUAAAAAUAGUACACUGUGGGUUUCUGUCCAUGUGCCCACUGGUGUAGCAGCCUUCAGGUCUUACAUGUUGGAAGUGCUCUGGUUUGUGGUUUUUUGAUAUCUUGAGGAAAAACUUGCUUUCAAGAAGUUGAAUUUCAUUACUUUAGAAAAAGGCAGUCAGUAGAAAAGUUUUAGACUGGCAGAGGCCAGACCCAACCUCCUUUUGCUGUGUAAUUUGGAUUUUCUGUGUAAUUUUCUGUGUCCAGGGGCUGUGGCCAUGGAUCUAAUGAGGCAGAACUGCUCCUCAGCAGGAGAUACAGCAGCAUGGAAGGAGUUAAUACCUCGUGGUUAGAGUAGCUUUGUAUUGAGAUGGAAAUGACUAAGCACACUGCAUUCCUGAAGAGUUACAGAUUUUGAUUUAAAAUCUGCUUGUUUGGUACUGCCCAUGUCUUUGAGGCAUCAGCAUGGCAGAAUUGUUCAGAGGAGCUUUAGGGUUGUUCUGGAGAGGAACAGAAUGGGAAUAGCUGAGAGUUCUGGAAGAGGUCCUUUCCCUGCAGGAAUGAGCUGCCAGCUUCCCUAAGCUGCAGAAGACCAGAAACUGCUUUUUAUUUGGCUACUGACACAGGAGGCUUGGCGACAAGGACUCUGGGGUGGUUUAGGACUGCACAGCUUUCACAAAAGGACUGAGAUUGCCUCAGAGCUGCACGGGCUGGUCCAGGCGGUGUUUGUGCUCCCAGGAGCAGGACAAGGUCAGAGCAGCUAGCCCGGACUCGGUGACAGCGCCGGGCACUUCCGAGUGUGGUGCCAGCUUUGAUGUGUUCAAGACACGGGAGGAUGUAGCCAGGGCCAGACAUGGACUGUUUGUGAGCACUCUGGCCCCUGCCAUGCACCCCACGGCGGCUGGGGACAGCAGCUUCUCCCGCGCGGCUGUGCAGACCCUGUCCCGCAGCCACUGCCGCAACAUCAAGCAGAAGAUCUCCCAGUGGGAGGGCAGGACACGGGGCUGCCCCAGCAAGGAGAAGCAGCAGCCAAAGGACUUUGGAGUAAAGUAUGAUCCCAGCUGCAAUGCACUACCCAAAGUGAAGCCAGAAUGCACAGGGAAUGGCAGAAAGGCUGGGUCCAAAGAUCCAAAGAGCCUGGGGCUGGAUUUUAGGGAAGAUGCACGGAGCUGCUGGCAGACUGAGGACUGCAGUGGCCCAGCUUCUCGAGCCAAGCAGAAAGGAGAGGGGCAAACAGGAUUCCUGGCCCUGGGGGUGGCACUGCCCCCAGGGAACUUCUAUACCUCACAAGCUCUGUGGAGGAAAGCAGAUCCCCUCCUGCCUGGCAGAGCCCCUCCUGUUUCCUCGGACCUCCAGAGGAAGCAAGGCAGCUCUGGCUGCAUGGAAAGAGAGCUGCAAAUCAAAGGAGUGGACACUUUCUGCGGGGCAGAGAGAAGCUUGAGAAACAUUUACUCUGAGGUUGAGGGGCAAGAGGAGGAGCCAGCUCCUGAUCCACCACCCAAACCCCGCAGGACUUUCUGCUACCUGGCAGAGAAGGGUGCUGGUGCUUGUAGAGAUGCCAGUGCCAGUAGGGAAGCCGUCCUGCAAAAGCAGAGUGGAAGUGACUUGGUGUCAUCCUCCAACAGCCCUGAGAAGAAAAUAGCCAGCAGGAGGAUCAGAGGGAGAGCCCAGAGGAAAUCUUUUGAGUUUGAGGACAUCCAGGGCUUCCGCAAGCGGCCGGCAGCCAGCGGCUCCCACAGACCUCGGGAAGAGACAAAUGGCACUGCAGGAUCCAGGCUGGUCUACACUCAGUCUGAAGACAACAUCUACGAGGACAUUAUCUGUCCUACAAAAGAAGAUCCUUAUGAAGAUAUCAGAGCACUGCCCUUGCCCCUGUGGAAGGUCCCAUCUGUCUGGAAGCUGCCCCCUCCCCGGAGCAUUAGCAGGGCUCCCAAGCUGGUGCUAAAAAUACAGGAGAUCUUUGAUUCCAAGCGGGGAAAGAAGAAGGUGAAGCUGCUCAGUCCUUCCGGGAGAGAAGCAGCUCCAGUGAAAGGUGAAACCAGUGGGAAUGAAAGCGAUACGGAAAAUCAGCCCAAAAGUCACCACAGGUGCCCAAGGCACUCGGCCUCCAAGAGGAACCCGCACUACCAGACCUUGGAGAGGGAUCUCAUCGAGCUCCAGGAGCAGCGGCUGUUUGAGCUCUUCGUGGUGGUGUCCCUGCACAAGAAGGCAUCUGAGGUCACCUACACACCACACAUCAUCCAGCAGUUCCCCAGCAAGCCUGAACAUCCUUUCAGACCAUCAAAGGAUACUGAAGAGAGGCUAAAGGUCAUUCCCAAAUUCUGCUUUCCAGAUCCCAAAGACUGGUUCCCGUCAUCAGACCUUAAAAGUGAAACCUUUUCCUUCGUGCUGACGGGGGAGGACGGCAGCCGCUGGUUCGGGUACUGCAGGAAACUCCUGCCAGAAGGGAAAGGGAAACGCCUGCCUGAGGUGUACUGCAUCGUGAGCCGCCUGGGCUGCUUCAACCUCUUCUCUAAGAUCCUGGAUGAGGUGGAGAAGAGGCGGGAGAUGUCCCCAGCCCUGGUGCAUCCCUUCAUGCGCAGCGUGAUGGAGGCGCCAUUCCCUGCCCCGGGACGCACCAUCACCGUCAGGAGCUUCCUGCCAGGAGCAGGAGAUGAGGUGAUGGAGCUGUGCCGCCCCUUGGACUCCCGGCUGGAACACGUUGACUUUGAGUGCCUCUUGCAGUGUCUGAGUGUCUCCCACACCAUCCGGGUCUUUGCCUCACUCCUGCUGGAAAGGAGGGUCAUCUUUGUGGCUGACAACUUAAGCACUCUGUCUAAAUGUGGGCAUGCUGCAGUGGCAACACUUUAUCCCUUCACCUGGCAGCACACCUACAUCCCUGUCCUGCCAGCUUCCAUGAUCGACAUCGUGUGCUCUCCGACCCCAUUCCUCAUUGGCAUCCUCUCCUGCUCCCUGCCACAGCUCCAGGACCUGCCCAUAGAAGAGGUUCUGAUUGUUGAUCUUUGUGCUGAUAAGUUCUUGCAAGAGGUAUCAGAUGAGGAUGAGAUCCUGCCCCAUAAACUCCAGGCUGCACUUGUACAAAUCCUGGAAGAACGGAGUGAAAUCCUGUCACAUGGGCAGAGUGACACACAAGGUGACAUGACCCUGAACUCCCUGGUCUCGGAGGCUUUUGUGCAGUUCUUCGUGGAGAUUGUGGGGCACUACUCCCUGCACAUGAGCGUGACGGAGAAGGGGGAGCGCGUGUUCCAGCGGGAGCCCUUCCGCAAAUCCCACGGCUCCCGCACCGUGCGCCACUUCCUGCACUGCUUCAUGGAGACCCAGAUGUUUGCAGGCUUCAUCCAGGACCGGGAGCUCAGCAAGAACCUGGUCAAAGGCCUUUUUGAGGUUCGUGCCUUGGAGUAUUUGGAGAGUAUUCCAGAGACGGAACGAACUGGAAUGAACAAAAUCCUUCGCAGUCUUGGCAGUAAAAUGAAAUUCCUCCAGAAGAAGUGACCGGGCGCUGCUGCGGGACAGCGGCGGGAGGGGAACCCCGGGCCGGGCCGGGUUGAGCUGUGCCCUGGGAGGGCCGGGCCAGGCCGGGGGCUCCGCGUGUGCUGCGGUAACAACCAGCGCGGAUCGAUAACAGCUCACGGAUCGAUAACCAGCUCCAUGGAUCGAUAACAGCUCAUGGAUCAAUAACAUCGAUCCAACCCUU